CUAAUAAAACAUCAAACUUUUUUUCCAUUAAAAAAUUAUUUCCUGAUGAGAUAAAUCAAAAUUUAGAUAUACAUUUAAUAACAUUUACAUUCAAUAAUUAUUUAUAAUUAUGUUACUGUUAAUUUUUAUGUGUUUCAGUGAGAUUGAUCAAAAUCUAGAUCACACAAGCUUCCACCAAAAUUUCAAGUAUAUCAAACCUUUCUCGUUUUGUAUUUUUAAAAGUUUUAAUUCGACUCCUACUUCUCCGGAAUGCGUAAAUUGACAAAAGUUUGUGAAUUAAGAGUCUUCCCCCUCUUCUCCCCUACAUCUUUCUUCGUCAUAAGAAAAAUCAGUGUCGAAAUUGAAAAUAAAAAUCAGAAAAUAAAUAAAUUAAGAAAUAUGGAAACUGAGAGAACCGGUCGGGGUAAGUCCACCAAAACCCUCUGCGCCUUCAACAACUCCGCCUCCGCGGACGCCUCGACAUCAAGAUAUUGAAUCACCACUCUCCCUCUCUCCAAUUCUUCAAAUUCAAUACGUCCCAUUUGUGGGCAAAGCUACCCAUAACAAUCGUUUACCAUAUUUUACGAUUCAAGUUUAUGGCUACUGCUAACUUCAGACAGCAUCCGAAGCCCGAGGAAUUGCCCGAUCCGGACAUCCCAUCAACGUCGUAUUCAUCAUCAUCGUCGUCACCUGCGUCUUUAAACAAGAAGAAAUGGUCGAAUUAUCUCCCCAUUUUGGUGGGUCUGGUGGUGAUAGGAGAGAUUGCGUUUCUGGGCCGUCUCGAUAUGGUCAAGAAUGUCGACAUGGUCAACUCGUGGACCGACUCCUUCUACCACUUCACCGGAACGGUGUCGUCGCGGACACCCGAAUUCGCCGGCUCGGAUCGCUCUGACCCGGUCGCGGAUCAGUUCGACAGCUGCGAAGCAUGGUUGGAGAAGGAGGAUUCUGUGCCUUAUUCUAGGGAUUUCAAUAAAGACCCAAUUUUGGUAAACGGAGGUGAAGAGGAGUUUAAGACCUGUGUUGUCGGAUGUAAGUUUGGGUAUGAAUCCAGUAAGAAACCUGAUGCUGGAUUUGGAACUCCUCAGCCAUCUGGCACUGCAGCUGUGCUUAGGUCAAUGGAAGCAGCCUCAUACUAUGCUGAGAAUAAUAUUGCCAUGGCACGACGUAGGGGAUAUGAUAUUGUAAUGACAACAAGUCUUUCAUCAGAUGUGCCUGUGGGAUAUUUUUCUUGGGCUGAAUAUGAUAUAAUGGCUCCACUUCAACCGAAAACUGGAAGUGCUAUUGCUGCUGCUUUCAUUUCUAAUUGUGCUGCUAAGAACUUUCGGCUGCAAGCAUUGAUUGGACUUGAAGAGGCAAACAUCAAAAUUGAUUCUUAUGGAGGUUGCCAUCGAAAUCGUGAUGGAAAAGUGGAUAAAGUGGAAACAUUGAAGCGUUAUAAGUUUAGCUUGGCUUUUGAGAACUCGAAUGAAGAGGAUUAUGUUACUGAAAAGUUCUUCCAGUCUCUUGUUGCAGGCACUAUUCCUGUGGUGAUUGGCGCCCCUAAUAUCCAAGAUUUCGCUCCUGGUCCUGGUUCGUUACUGCAUAUCAAGGAGCUCACAGACGUUGAUUCUGUUGCCAAGAGAAUGAAAUACCUUGGUGACAACGAGAGUGCAUUUAAUGAAUCAUUGAGGUGGAAAUAUGAGGGGCCAUCCGAUUCUUUUAAGGCCCUUGUUGAUAUGGCUGCAGUACAUUCAUCAUGUCGUUUAUGCAUUUACUUGGCAACCAAAAUCCAAGAAAAAGAUGAAAAGAGACCAGAGUUUCAAAAUCGUCCCUGCAAGUGUAACCGUGACUCAAAAACCACAUACCACAUAUAUGUCAGGGAAAGAGGGAGGUUUCAGAUGGAAUCCAUUUUCCUAAGGUCAGACAAUUUGACUCUCGAAGCCUUAUCCUCUGCCGUUGUGCAAAAGUUUAGGUCGCUGAAACACGUCCCUAUCUGGAAAAGUGAGAGGCCAGAGAGCAUAAGAGGUGGGAAUGAGCUAAAAGUUUACAAGAUGUACCCUGUUGGGCUCACAGAGAGGCAGGGAUUAUACACCUUCAAAUUCAACGGGAAUUCGGGUUUCAGGGAGCACAUAGAGAGCCACCCGUGUGCCAAGUUUGAGGUGAUAUUUGUAUAGGUUGUGACACGGAGCAUCCAUGAACGGGGUCUCAGGUAGGGCGUCGCCCGACAAACUUCUCUUCUCCUCUCACCCUUCUAACUUUUGUAGGACGGUUGGCUCUAGGGUUUCUUUCCCGGUGGACGUCGUGUUCGUUAGUUUCGGGGAGUUUAGAGAUGGGAUUAUUACAUGAUGUUGAGCCUUGAAAUGAGGUUGAUAAUUGGUGUAUAUACUAUUCUAAGCAUUGAAAAUGAUUGAAAUUGAGGAAACUAAAAUGAUCUUUUUGCUCA